ACCACUUUCCACUUCCUUCUCCUUCCUUCCAUCUUCACUUCCCUUUCAGAACGCGGAAUCCAUCACAGAGCUUGGUACAGUUCGAAACAGCAACAAUGCGGCGGCUGCACUUCCUUCUCCUCCUCCUCCUUUCUACCCUUUUCCUUUUCCAAGCGUCCAAUGCUCACAACAUUACCCACCUCCUAGCCGACCACCCAUCAUUCACCACCUUUAACCACUACCUCUCCCUCACUCACCUCGCCUCUGAAAUCAACCGCCGCACCACUAUCACCGUUCUCGCCCUUGACAACGCCGCCAUGUCUUCCCUCCUUGACAAAAAUCCCUCCAUCUACACCCUCAAAAACAUCCUCUCCUACCACGUCCUUCUAGAUUAUUUCAACGCCAAGAAGCUCCACCAGAUCACCAACGGAACUGCCCUCGCCGCUACCAUGUUUCAGACAACUGGGUCGGCCCCGGGAAGUUCUGGGUUCGUCAAUAUCACCGAUCUGAAGGGUGGGAAAGUCGGGUUUGGGGCAGAAGACAAUGCUGGAGUUUUGGAUACUUACUUUGUCAAGGAAUUAGAGGCGGUUCCUUACAACAUAUCCGUGAUUCAGAUCUCCAAACCUCUGCCGUCUGCGGCAGCGGCGGCGCCGACGCCUGGCCCGAGUGAGAUGAACUUGACUGAUAGAAUGUCUGCUCAUGGCUGCAAGGUGUUUGCUGAUACUCUUCUGUCCAAUCCUGAAGCCAUGGGCACUUUUAAGGAUAAUACUGAGGGAGGAUUGACAGUUUUCUGUCCCGGGGAUGAUCCAAUGAAAGCAUUUUUGCCCAAAUAUAAGAACCUGACAGCAGCAGGAAAGACAUCGUUCCUCGAGUUCUUUGGAGUUCCGAUAUACCAGUCCAUGGCAAUGUUGAAAUCCAACAAUGGCCCAACAAACACGCUGGCCACGGAUGGAGCAAGCAAGUUUGAUAUCACUGUGCAGAAUGAUGGAGAGGAUGUAACGCUGAAAACCAAGGUGAACACCGCAAAGAUCACUGGAACUUUGCUGGAUGAGGAGCCUGUGGCUAUAUAUACACUGGAUAAGGUAUUGAUGCCUGGGGAACUGUUUAAGGCAGCUCCAACACCAGCUCCUGCCCCAGCCCCUGCAGAGGCAGCAGAUGCCCCAAAAGCAUCUAAAUCUAAGAAGGGCAAAGCCAAGGCGGCUCCAACGCCAGAGGCUGACUCACCAGCAGACUCCCCUGAUGGGGAUCUGGCCGAUCAAACAGCUGAUGAAAAUGCUGCUAGGAGAUUUGAAGGUGCAACAUUUCUAGCUGCUGGAUUCAGUUUGUUUUUAGGGCUUUUGUUGCUGUAGUUUUCCAGGUUGAUUUUCCCACCCAUUUUAAUCAUUUUCUAUCUUUUGUAGGAAUAUUUUAGGCCUAAUUAGGGCUAAGUUAUUGGUAGUGCGAGUGUGUUCUGAUAUUGUUUCCUAGUGUGUGGUUAGUGAGGUAUGCCUAUCUCUUAUGAUCCUUUUUCUUCUGAGUUGUGAGUUUGUUUGCCGUCGGAUGCCAACAGAUGAUGUAGAUUUGCCGAUACACAUUAAUGGUUAUGUUCAUUUUUCUUGUACAUUUCUAUUCCCUUUCCUAUACCAUUGCUCUCUAUCCCUUUAUCAAUAUAUUUGAUUCGUUAAG